AUGCUACAAGAGCCUCAAAAAGAAGAACUCAGCGACUAUCAUCAUGGAUUGCUAGCAAUUGGGACAUUUGGGGAGCACAAUUUGAAAGAUGAUCAAGUGAGGAGAAAUCUUGAAGGGAAUUUAUCUUCCUCCGAAGAUCAUCUACAAGAUCUUACACUUGAAGAAUUGGGAAAGCUUCAGAAGGAUUUGAACUUGUUAUUGCAUGAACAGGUUGAGUCAACUCGCUCUAAAGAAUCGGAAGCAACUAAUCUUCAAUUGCUGGAUAGAGAGUCAAGCUUGGAAGCUGGUCUAAAAGUAGAUAUAAACUCAUAUUCUGAUGAGUCAAAGAGCAAAGAUAGUAGUCUCCAGCUUAGCACCAGCAUAGUUCUGAAUAGAGGAAAAGGUAUUGGUUCGGAUAAUAUUAAGGGUGCCAUUGGCAAAAAAUCAUUGUCUUUUCUUCUUAAGAAAAUAUUUGUUUGCAGAAGUGGAUUCUCACCUGCUCCAAGUUUAAGAGAUCAACUCCUAGAAUUAAGAAUGGAGAAGUUUGUGGCGGUGGUUGUAGCGGUGGCUGUUGGUUCUUGGGUGGUGGCGACUGCCAUUGGCUGUGCAUUUGUAUAUUUGCUGGGUUUUGGAUAA